AUGAAAUUGAGUCCUCCUGCAACAUCGGUGCUCCUGGAUCAGCUCUACGGCCUGAAGAGCGCUGCAAAGGUAGACUCAAAAGCUCCGAGGACUGAGCCAACGUUGCUUUCUGCUCUCGUCUGCAGCACCAAUUUCGUCAAACGCCUAGAUAACCUACUUGCUGGGAAUCAACAACAGAAGCGAGGAGAUACGCUGAUCUCGACUCUCCGGAUAUACCGCUCUGAGUGCAAGGCGUUUCAUAAACUAUACCAACGCCCAAGAAAAGUGGAUAAGGGUAAAGGAAAGGCUGCCCCAGAUGAUAUAAAUGAUGGAAUUCACAUACAUCGAAUGUCCCUGGUAACUCAAGUCCAAGACUUGUUCCCCGACUUGGGCUCCGGGUACAUUGUCCAACUUCUCGAUUUUUACAAUGAUGAUAUCGAAACUACCAUCUCGAACCUCAUAGAAGGCUCUUUGCCGGAGCAUCUUAAAAAAAUUGACCAAGCAAGUCAACUGCAAGAACAGCAAAGUAUAGUGGAUAUUGCACCUCGAUCUACGCCACCACUUUCACAAUCUCCCGCCCCUCCGUUUGACCGUAAGAAUGUGUUCGAUAAUGACGAGUUUGACCGGCUGGAAAUUUCUCCUUCUAAGCUACAUAUCGGCCGCGCCAAUGCCGAACUUACCGCUGAUGAUCUGCUGGCUGAUAAAUCCAGCUCGACAAACAAAGCCGCUAUACUAGCGGCCCUUGCGGCAUUUGAUUCUGACGAUGACGAGAGGGAUGAUACCUAUGAUGUUGCCGAUGUUGGAGGAACAGUCGACACCCACCCAGCUGCAACGGACGGCGAUACGUCCGAGGCACGAGAAGGAGGCGGCGUGGCAAUUGAAAUGAAACUCUACGAGCUCUAUAAAUCCAACCCUGCAGCGUUUGCGCGCGACCAAACAACCCGCCGUUCAACACAUAGGAUGGCGCUGCGCAAAGAAACUGGAAUGACUGACGAGGCUAUUGAAGGGUGGGCACUGAUGCUCACUCGUGACCCUAAGCGGAUAACCGGGUUAGAACGAAAUAUAGCCUUGUCUGGCCUUCGCCCAAGUCAACAGCCUGAGCUUCAGUCUACGGCAUAUAGAAGGCCACUCGACGAUGAUGGUUCGGGGGCAGAAUCUAGCGGCUAUGAUGGAGCUCGAGGCCGUGGCCAUGGUCGUGGUGGUAGGGGAGGUGGUAGAGGUCGUGGUGGAUCUGGAGCUGGGUCUGGAGCCCCAGAGUCAGCCAUUGACAAACGAAGGAAAGAUGCAAAUAAGGGCUCAAGGGCGAACCACAACAGGCGUAACCAACGGGCGAAGAAAAUGGCGAGGGGCGGCUUGUGA